AUGUUUGCAUGUGGUAAAUCAUUCGCUACUCAAGUGCCUGUAAGAAGCCCUGAUCAACAAAUAUUGACCGAAAACAAGCAUGGUGUUUUGACCAUAACGCUAAACAGAUCUGAAGGCCAUAAUGCACUCACGCCUAAUAUGUACGAAAACUUUAGCAAAGCCUUACGAUCGGCCGCAACCGAUGAUACGGUCACUAUGGCUAUGAUUACUGGCGCCGGCAAAUACUUUACCACUGGAAAUGAUUUAGGUAAUUGGCUCAACCCUCAACCUGGCACUAAUAGUGAUAUGAGUGAAAUAUCAGAACUCAUUAGUUCUUUAAUAGACUUCCCAAAGCCAUUGAUCGGUGCUGUGAACGGCCCGGCAAUAGGUAUAGGAGUGACAGCACUGGCACUCAUGGAUACAGUGGUGGCCAGCGAUGCGGCAUAUUUUCAAACACCGUUUACAUCGUUGGGUUUAACAGCCGAGGGGUGCAGUUCUUACACUCUACCUAAAAUAAUGGGCACAUCUCUGGCCUCAGAUAUGCUGUUGUUUGGCCGCAAACUGACCGCCGCGGAAGCCCUACAGUGCGGACUCGUGGCACGUGUUAUACCCGGAGCCGAGUUUAGCUCAUGGGUUGAGAAGUGGGUGUUUGACGGGACGACUGGUUUGAUAAACACUUGUUAUCCAAAGUCAAUGCAAUUCACGAAACACUUGUUGAGAGACAACAGAAAAGUCCAGAAAUUACAUGACGUGACGGACAGAGAAACUAAGAUAUUUGUCAAACAAGUGGCCGGUAAUGAGUUUAAGUCUGCACUGACAAAGUUGAGGAUGAAACAUAUGAGUGCCCUUUCAUUCCGGCCCCAAUUCAUUGGCCCUAAUCUAUGUGCGCCCAGCAGUACACCCAUACCAUCGCCUCCCAUACCAUCGCCUCCCAUACCAUAA